AUGUCUUCGCCCAGAGCCUCCUCGCCGGCCAACGCCCCGGCCGCCGCGACAGGUGCCAGCGUCAACCGUCCCUCGUCGCCGACGCCCCCCGGUGGUGCCCGCACUGCCAUCCGCCGCAGGGCGGCCGCCGACCAGAAGGAGAAGAUCGCCAAUGCUCGGCCAAGCAGCACCCGCGCCGCCGGCGCCGGUGGUAGCAGCAGCACGAUGCUGAGGCUCUACACCGACGAGUCGCCCGGUCUGAAGGUCGACCCCGUCGUUGUUCUCGUGCUUUCUCUCGUCUUCAUUUUCAGCGUUGUUGCUCUUCACAGUAAGACUUCCAUGGUCAUUAUCCUUCUACGUUUUGGGGUCGGAGUUAAGAAUCGCAAUGGUUGGCCGUUAGACAUAGCUCGGUUGGCUUGGGUUCACUAUUCGUUGGAGAACCGCUGUGGCCCCUAG